UCAAAAUGGAAACAAAAGUACAGGACAAGAAUCGUGACCUGAUUCUGGACGCAAUAAAUCCAUUGCUAAAGGUUGAAAAUAUUUUCGGCUUCUUCAGAUUUCAAGUUCUAAAUGGUCGCAUGAAAAAAUCGAAUAAAAGAAUGAAAUUUUACGCAUUAUUUCUGAUAAGUGUAUUAUUCAUUGCUUACUCUAUUAUUUAUUUAAGUGAUGUUAUAUCUUCUAAGCAAAUGUAUAUUAAUGAAGUGGUAAUAGUACUGAUUUUGACACUACAGUAUGUUGUAUUGAUAGUUAAUGUUAUGUGUUCUAAUAAUAAGAACAUACUCAUAAUUGAAUCACUGGCUAAAAUAGAUUAUGGACUUGAACUUUCAAGCAAAAAUGUUUAUAAUAAAACUCGUCAGCAAGCAAUAAUAUUCUUGUCAGUAUUAUUUUGUCUAUAUACAACUAAUUUCGUAUACGAAUGUAUACAUUUGAGUGACUACAAUGUUUAUACUGGAGUGUUCCAUCAUGUCACUAAUAUCGCACGGCAUAUUGAGCUAGUUGUAUUCUAUGUUUUUGUGAAAUUAAUAAUAAUGCGUUUAGAUAUUCUGAACGAAUAUUUAAAACAAAUCAUUGACAUAAAAAGUGCAAACCAAUCCACCACUUACUCAAACAAUCAAUUGUCUCACAGCGUUCUUAUAAAUUGUAACAGUUGUUUUAAUAGAAUUUGGAAUAAGAACAAGAGAGAAAUUGUAUCAUUAGCUAAACUGUUUGAUUUUGUGGGAGAAACUACAAAUAAUUUGAAUGAAGUUUUCAACUACCAAAUAUUAAAUGCCCUCAUCUGUACAUUUGGAUUUACUAUCUUACUGUCUUGGAUGGCCAUUCAGUUAUACUUUUUUAAUAAAAAUAUCGAUGGAAUAAUAUCACUGAUUUUACAAUGUUUAUUUGAAGUGUCCUUUAUUGGUUUGAUAUGUUAUGUGUGUGAGGGCAUGAAUUUAAAACGAAAAUCUACUGGAAUGUUAGUAAAUAAACUUAUAAUGGAUUAUGAUCUUCCUCGUCAAAAGCGAAUUCAAGCGAAGGCGAAUGGGACUCCUCCAAGGCACGUAGCGUGCCUUGGAGGAGUCCCAUUUAAUAACAUGUAG